GUCCUUGGGGAAGGCUGGGCCUUGCGCCCCAGGUCUGCCCGGGCACCGUGGACCCGCAAGGAGCGUGGGGCGGGCCGGAGCCCGGGUCCUGUCGAGCGCAGGGUCUGGAUACUCCUCCCCUCGCCCCCUCCCUGCACAGUGCCCGGCGGCCGAGGAGGUUCCCAGCCGUCCCGCGGGAACUCGCCGGGAGAUGGGGACCGUCUUCACCUGCGGUCAGUCCAGCACAACCUCCCGCUGUCCAAAAGUGUUUUAAUUUUUAAACAUUUGGCUUAGAAAGAUUCCAUAAAGUUAGGCAAAUCUGGAGUCUUAAUUUUAGGUGCAACGUACUGGGGAGCCUGAAGUCGGGGGUGGGGGUCAAGGAGCAGCCCUGGCCCACGCGGUGAGCGUCGGAGCGUUACAGCGGAGCGGCCUUAGAGAACCUGAACUCCGCAAUUUGCCGAUGAAGCCCCAGGCCCGGGGUUUCAUCUGCCUGGAAAUCUGCCCCCCACCGCAUUUGGGAAAAUGUUGGCGCCGAAGGCUACUGAUCAUAGGGUACCCGGCACUGCGGCCCCAGGAAGUAAUGCCUUAUUAUCCCGGCUAGCCUAGGGCCUCGUGGCUCGCCACGGAAGGUUCUAGAACUUCGGACUUCUGCCCCCACAAGCCGGCGGUGGGCGGCCUCCGGCCCAGGAGGCGCGGCGCCUUUAAGGGCCCCGCCCACCCAGUCAGGUGACCGGACCGUCGCUUAGCAACAAGACGCCGCGCGGCCCCUCACGGCCCCAGGGCUGAGAAGCUGUUUCCUGCCCGCUCGCUCUUUCCCCCGAAACUCGGGUGGACCGAGGCGAGAUGUCCGAGGAGGACCCCCAGGGAUGCGCGGAGCAGGAGGUGCCCAAGGCCAAGGCCCCGCCGGAGAAAACCAGCGACUACUACCGCGUGAGCGAGGACCUGCCGGCCAGGUUCAACAACCCGGCUUGGUUUCGGGGCUACAGGACCAAGGAGCCCCCCUCAGUGUACAGGACCAGCAACCAAGCGUAUGGGAGCAGAGCACCCACCGUGCACGAGAUGCCGGUAAGGAGGAAGCAAAGAAAGAAGGUAUUUUAUCCAAAUUCGUAUAAAUUUUCUAGACAAGUUGCAGCUGGUGGAAUGUUCCAGAACAAUACUUUCAACGUCUCCAUGGAGAAGAGCAUUGUGACGGGUCCGGACAACUACAUCACCUUCUACGACCGGCUCAACUUCCACCCCAGCUACAGGGUCAGCAAGCCGUCCAUCUGUGACUGAGGGGCUCCCGGCUCUGGCGGAGAUAGUCUGGACAGUUGGCAGCCGUAAUCUUUGAUAACUUGCCCAAUUGUAAAGGAACACACGUCACUGCUUUCCCUGAAAAUAUUUUUCCCCUCUAGGUUAGAAACAUUUGCAAACGGGGCUACGAUGCCCUACUUUCUCUGUUUUACAUCUAGAUGAAAAAGAGCUAAUGGCUUGACUUUCCAUUAAAAACCUUGCCAUGUCCCCAGUCCCUGACUCAGGUAUAAUCAAUGAGUAGGGCGGUGGGCAUGCCGGGACCCCGAUCUCAGUCUGAAUGCUGGGAACGCCCGAGAGCCCCACCUGCAUCUCUGGGAGCCAUUUUUAUACUCAUGACAAACUACGCGUGGUUUCUGUUCUCAAGCACCCUGCCGAGCCACGGAGGGAGGGGAGGAUGCUCUGCCUGGGCGUGGACGAGGGCUGGGCGAGGAGGCAGAGGGGACCUCAGGAGGAAAGCUCCAGGCGGGACCAGGCAGGAGGGCCCUUACUGGCCCUGACCCGGGCCAAGCUUGGAGUGAUAUUGAGCACCCCCUGGCCACGAAUGGGGCGGGGACAGAGGCGGAGUCAACAAGGUUGGUGACUGCUGCUUGUUGCGGAGGGGUGAGGUGUACAUCGGGCUUCCCCGCUUGCUGUUCAUUGUACCUCUUCAAUAAAAAGUUUAAAAAAAA